AUGGAGGCGGCGACGGCGUCGCGCGCGCCCACGGCGCUGCCGAUGUGGGUUCACGUCUUGCACUUCUGCGUCUCCGUCGUCCUCCUCGUCGUCGCGUCCGCGCUGUCGUACCUCCGCGCCGGUCGCCGAACGCCGAACAGCGUCGGCUUCUACCAUCCGCACACGUCCGACGGCGGCGGCGGCGAGCGCGUCCUGUGGUGCGCGGUCCGAGAGGUCAUGCGCGCGAACCCGAGCGCGACGUGCGUCGUGUACAGCGGCGACGGCGUCGCCGCGUCCGUCCUCGCGACGCGCGCGAGAGAGCGAUUCGGUGUGAUCCUCCCGAGGGCGUUCGACGUCGUCGCGCUCCGACGACGCGCGCUCGCGGACCCGGGCCUCUACCCGUGCUCACGAUGGCGUCCAAGCCCUCGGCAGCGCGAUCCUCGUCGCGGAGGCGAUGACGCGUUCCGACCCGCGGUCUUCUUCGACACCGUCGGGCACGCGUUCGGAUACCCCGUCGCGCGCGUCGCGGGAUGCCGCGUCGCCGCCUACGUGCACUACCCCACGGUGUCGUCCGACAUGAUUAAACGCGUCAAGGCGCGGCGGGUCGUCUACAACAACGCCGAGAGCACCGCGAAGAGCAGCGCGAGGACGUGGGCGAAGACGCUGUACUAUCGCGCGCUCGCGCGCGUAUACGGCGCGUGCGGGCGGUGCGCGGCGGUGGUGAUGUGCAACUCGUCGUGGACGGAGGCGCACGUGCGCGCGUUGUGGGGGGGGACGGCGUCGGCGUCGGCGACGGCGACGGCGACGCCGAGGGUGGUGUACCCGCCCGUGGACGUCUCCGCGCUGGAGAAGCUGCCGAUAGAGGGGCGCGGCGUGAGCAGGAGGCGCGCGGGCGCUGAUGGGGGUGCCGAGGGGGGUGCCGAGGGGGGUGCCGAGGGGGGUACCGAGGGGAAUGCCGAGAUUGAGGAAGCGAAGGAGGAGGAGGAGGAGGAUGGAAAAUACGUCGUCUCCGUCGGACAAUUUCGGCCGGAGAAGGACCACGCGUUGCAACUGCGCGCGUGGGCGCGCGUCAAGGCGCGCGAGAACGAGGCGCGGCGCGACGCGGGCGAGACGGACGGGCCGGAGUGGAAGCUCAAGAUCGUCGGCGGGUGCCGAGGUAAGGAUGACGAGCGGAGGGUGGCGACGCUGAGAGCGCUCGCCGCCGAGCUCGGGCUGAAGACGUCUGUGGAAUUCCACGUCGACGUCUCGUACGAAGACGUCGUGAGACACCUGCGCGGCGCCGUCGCGGGGCUGCACGCGAUGCUGGACGAGCACUUCGGGAUAUGCGUCGUGGAGUACCAAGCCGCGGGCGCGGUCGCGAUCGCGCACGACAGCGCCGGGCCGAAGAUGGACAUCGUCGUCCCGAGCGCGCCGCGCGAGGACGCGGUUGGGUUUCUCGCGACGACGGAGACGGAAUUCGCGGACGCCAUCGUGGAGGUGAUGACGAUGCGCGCGGACGCGCGCGAGGCGAUCGCGGCGCGCGCGCGCGCGCGGAGCUCGAAGUUCAGCGAGGCCGCAUUCGCGUCGGGGCUCCGCGACGCGU